GCACCCAAUAAGAUUUCGCCACGUGGCUUGCAUCGAAUCUCUAGAAAUUUCGCGUCGGUUUCCCCUCUUCCUUCUCGUUCCGGUUAGAAUUGGAUUCUCGUGCUCGUACCGACCUGGUUCGAUCUUCGAUCCAGUGGUUCUCUUCGACCCGAAGGUAAUUUGGUGUUUAUACAUUGAAGGAUGGAUGGCGGGUUUGGGGAAUCGUCGUUUAGGCAGCCCCCAAGCCCCUCUUGCACAAGCAGUAGCAACAACAAUGGCAGCGAUGCUGGAAAUUUCGAGUGUAACAUUUGCUUCGAUUUGGCUCAAGAUCCGAUCGUCACUCGUUGUGGCCAUUUAUUCUGCUGGCCUUGCCUCUACAAAUGGCUUCAUAUUCAUUCUCAAUCCCAGGAAUGUCCUGUCUGUAAGGCUCUUAUCGAGGAGGAUAAGUUAGUCCCUUUAUAUGGCCGGGGAAAGACUUCGACUGAUCCUCGCUCAAAAUCAAUUCCCGGUGUCGAGAUUCCGCAGCGUCCUAGCGGACAGAGGCCCGAGACUGCGCCUCCCCCCGAUCCUAGCGCGAAUGCCAAUGCGUUUGCGCAGCAAGGAUACGGAUUUAUGGGCGGAUUUGGACAUUUCGGAGGUUUUGCGCCUAUGGCUACUGCUAGAUUUGGGAAUUUUACGCUGUCUGCGGCGCUUGGUGGUCUGAUUCCGUCAUUUUUUAACAUUCAAGUCCAUGGAUUGCAUAAUGCCAACUUGUACGGUCCGGGGCCAGGUUUUGCGUAUGGAUAUUCGAAUGCGUUCCAUGGAGGGCACGCUUCGGGAGUUCCUCAUCGUGGGAAUCAACAACAGCAGCAGGCGGAUUCGACUUUGAAGUUGCUGUUGUUGGUGAUCGGUUUCAGUGUUCUUAUGGCUCUGAUUUGGAGUUGAAUUGGAUUCUGAUGUGGAUGGUGAUCGGUGCUCGAAGUUGCUAUGGAUUUCUGAGAUCGUGUUUGUACAUUUUCUAGAGCUCAGGUAAUCUUCCUUCUGCUCGCAUUUCUUAUGGUAAUGUGGUUUUUGGUCAUUUGCGGACGUAUGUGUUUUAGAUUAUCUUUUAUGGCGUUUGGCUAAUAAAUUUAUGUGCUGCUGUUUUGGUUUCUUUCAA